AUGUCACAGAUCGUUGCUCAAGGUUUCUUUCUGGAAAUGUUUGCUACGUCUUUCUUAACCUUUGCUGUGCUCUUUAUUGCCAGCGAAUCAAGAAAUCAAGGUUUCAUGGGUCCAUUUGUAGUUGGUAUUUCCUUAUUCGUCUCAGCACUUUUGAAUCCUGCACGAACCUUUGGUCCUGCCGUAGUUUUCGGAACCUAUGGUAAUGGUCAUUGGAUUUAUUAUAUUGCUACCAUUGUGGGUAGUUUACUGGCUGCUGGAUAUUGGCAUUUGUUCGAUAAAUUGGAUUUUAAAACUGUAUCGAAAACCGGUGCUGUUGAAGACGAAAAACAUGACAUUGAUGAAGGCCCAAAG